AUGGAACAGUAUAUUUUAUUAAAGUUCUGCCAAAUACUGCAUGAAAAUUUAGAUGUUUUGUCAAACCGUAUUUCUCGUUUAUUCUUACUUUUAGACGACACAAAAAUUGUUUAUACAUUACCGAUCCCAAUUUUAACGUCAUUAUCGACUGUUGAAGCCUACUGUAAAGUACAAUUUGAUGGUUAUGCUUUAUCAAUUGAAAACUCCAAAGAAAUCGCAACACUUCUAGAACGCAAUUUUUUGAAAUCAAAGUACGAUUUAAUCUACGAUACGUCUGUGCGAUUGUUGGGCAUAGAUAUGUCAAAACAAAGUGGAGUAUACAGGUAUUCGGACAGUACGUAUCUAAGGAUAGAUAACAUUCUUGAUUUUGACGUCAAGGCAAAAGUUGUACGUGUUAGUUGUGACCGAAAUUGGGAAUUUGUCACAUGCAAAACCUACGAAGGGCGGAAACCUAAACCAGAGGAGCUAAAAUCUGAGCACAAAAAAAUACAAGUGUUAAACUUUUUUGAACCACUGAACCUGGCUUUAGAAGGCGUAGAAAAGGUUCGAGUAGCCACUUGGACGUCUCAUAUGGUGACAUCCUGGAUUUUAAUAGUCGUUGUUUUAACGUUUGGGCUGAUUGAGUGGAAGAAAACCAUGUUUGAGAGGCUUGACAUCCCCUUAACGGACAGUGAAGACGAAAUGGCAUAUUCUCAAGAAGGCAGGCGGAAACGGAGAGCAAGUGCAAAGAGACGGGUGGAUGGCGAGUCGCCAAAGAAAACCGGAAGAUUCUUUAAAUUUUUAGACAAAGAAGACUCACAAGACGCUGUGGUCUUGGAGAACGUUUUGAGUUUCGCAGUCUCUGACUACGACGCAUUUAUUGCCACAGAAGCCAAAUCAGAUAUUUCUAGUGCUACUACUGAAAGUCCAAGACCUCUGGAGAGUCCCCGAGGUAUCUGA